AGCCGCUAGAUCCGCCAGCCAUGGGUCUCGCAGGUGCCUCCAAGAAGCAGCGCAUCCAGGAUGACCCGCGCAACACCCGCUGGGCUCAAGACACGAGCGCUCCCGGCUUCCGCCUCCUCGCCUCGAUGGGCUGGAACCCCGAGUCGGCCCCGACGCUCGGCAACGCCCAGUCGCAGGCCGCCAUCCUCGCAAACGGCGGCUCCGUCUUCUCCAAGCGCAUCGCCUCGAUCCCGACCGCCAAGGACGACACGCUCGGCAUCGGCAUGAAGCGCGGCAGUGCCGCCGCCGUCGUCGGCUCCCUCAAGGCCCUCGGCGUCCCUUCCGCGACGGGCGCCAACGCCGCGACGCCCAUCACGAGCGGCUUUGUCACGGCCGGCUCGAUGACGCCCCAGGACGGCGUCACCGGCGGCGGCAGCGGCGGCGGCGAGUUUGGCAGCCUCCUCGCGCGCCUCAACAAGCUCAAGGAGCAGAACGGCUCGCUGUCGGCGUCGGCCAGCCCGGCUCCUGACCUCGCCGAGCAGCCGCUCAAGAAGCGCAAGCGCGCGAGCUCGGCGUCGUCGGCAUCGUCGUCGGACGUCUCGAGCGACUCGAGCGACUCGGACGACGGCGAGCCCACGCCGUCGACCUCGGCCCUGCCUGCCGUCGCAGCGCCGGCCCCGGUCGCUGCUCCCGCCCCGAGCGCAGCAGCUCUCGCCAUCCUCAAGAACCCGCGCAUGGCUGCCCGCUCGAAGCACCUCCGCGCCAAGCGCAUGGCCACCGCCUCGAACGCGUCCGCCAUGGCCGAGAUCCUCGGCCUUGCCCCCUCGCCAUCGACCUCGGCCUCGUCCUCGCCCGCCCCGAGCGGCGCCUCGACCCCGCUCCCCGUCCUCGCCGUCAACGGCCCGCGCGCCGACGGCUGGCCCGCCGUGCCUGCCCGCGGCAACUCGGCCACCGCCGUCCAGGAGACGACGACGACGACGACGACCACCACCACCACCACGACCUCGCUCGGCGGCGCCGGCGCGGCGCCCAUGUUCGCGAGCGCCACGACCACCUCGCUCGCCGCGACGUUCGACCCUGCAUCCGCCUCGACCGCCACCAACGACAGCUCGGACAAGGCGGCCAAGAAGGCGGCCAAGGCGGCCCGUCGCGCCGACAAGGACGCCCGCCGCGCCGACAAGGCGGCGCGCAAGCUCGCGCGCGCCGAGUCGAAGCGCAAGGAGCGCUCGCCGUCGCCCGAGUUCCGCGUCCACUCGGCAGCGCACAACCCGUUCAAGGUGAGCGACGAGACGCCGACGGCGGCGCCCGUCGCGGCCGGGCUCGGCAGCGUGUUUGGGCGCAUGUUCGUCGGCGCGCAGAGCGGCGGCAUGGGCGCGACAUUCGUCCCGCCGACGGACUCGGCGGCGUCAACGGCGACGGCGACGGCGACGGCGGGCGAGGAUGCGCCCAAGAAGGGCAAGAAGGAGCGCAAGGAGAAGAAGGGGAAGAAGCGCAAGGCCGAGGUCGAGGUCGAGGGCGAGGGCGAGGGCGAGGCGGCUUUGCGUGCGGGCGACGACGCCAAGGAGAAUGCGGCCGAGCGGGCGAGCAAGAAGGAACGCAAGGCGGCCAAGGAGGCCGGGCGCGAGGGCGAGUCGAAGGAGGAGCGUCGGGCGCGCAAGGAGGCCAAGCGGGCGAAGAAGGCGGCCAAGCGGGCCGAGGCGUGACGAGCCGAUGACUAGACGGUCUGUGCGGUGUUGUAUUGCCUACGGUAUCGCGGCUGC